AUGACAUUGUUCCUUAUGUCACUCUGUUGUAUGAUGGUCAUUACUAGAGCCGACUCUCCAAAGCCAAAGACCUUCCGCCAUGACUAUAACAGCAUCCCAAUAAAUACAGUCAUCAAGUUUGGAAAUGUAUUGACCAAUGAGGGAGGAGGAUACAACCCAACAACAGAUAAAUUUACCGCACCAGAGGAUGGCGUCUAUUCGUUUUCCUGGACAUACUGCACAGACAAAGGAUCCACUACGUACAUAGCUGGUAUCGUAGAUGGAACCACUCGUGCAUACAUAUCCAAUGCUAAUCAGGCAAAUGGAUGGCAAAAUACAUCAGGGCACCUUGUCAUAAAACUGAAAAAAGGAAACCAAUUUUGGGUUCAAACCAUGACCAAAAUUUCCAAACUCAUUCAUGAAAGUUACACGUUCCUGUCUGGGUACAAGUUGUCUGGUUGUUAA